AUGUCAACUUCUCCGUUGAUUAAAGUUGCUAGUUCAGCCUUUUCAAACGGAUCAGCAUUGACAUUUAAAAAAAAGUAAUUAUCUAAUUCUUAAACACAAAACUUUAUGGCUGGUAACUCUCCACUCAAAUCUAUAGAUGAAAAUGAGUAAUCACCUUCAAAAAUAAUUAAUAUUUACUCAGAUAGUGCUUUAUUUAAUGUUGGAAAUUCUUAUUCAACUGUUAAAAAUGCUCCAAUUAUAGAAGAGGAGAAAACACAUAAAACUUACACUUAUAGUUAAAUGCCUCCAGAUGAAGCUGAGAAAGCAUAUUGUGAAAGAUAAAAAAUAAUAAAAGAAUAAAUAAACAGAACUAAAAAUAGUGGAAAAUUUAAACCAAAAAAGAGAAUUGAUCCAAAUAAAUCAUCUACUUUGAAAAGUGUUUUAAAGAAAUAACAAUUAGAUUAUUCAACAGCUUAAUCUUAAUAAAUAGAUGUUUCAAGAACAUCUUAAACAUUUAGAAGAAAAUCAAUUGAUUAACCAAUACAAACAGUACCUAAACCUCAUCCAAAAGUAAGUAAAAUUAUUGAAAAUAAUAAUUCAAAUAAUAAUAUCAAAUAAUCUUAAAUAAAUAGUUCAAAUGUUCUAUAACAAUCUUUUCAUUAAUAAUUAUAAAGUAAAAAAUAAUAAUUGUUAAAUGAAAUUGCUUAAUUAGAUAAGGAAAUAGUAAAAGAGAAAGAAAAAAAGUAAUAAUCACAUGUAUAAUCAAUCAAUAUAUCUCCAAGAGUUUAAUAAAUAAAAUAAACUCCUUGUUAAAAAGAUGAUCUAAAAUCUACAUAUGAAAAAAGAUAAUAGAUGAAAAAGGUUGCAGAUAAAGAGAAGUAACGUAAGGAGAUGGAAUAAUGCACUUUUAAACCUUAAAUUAGUAGCAAUACAAAUAGAAAAUUGAAUACUUCCUAAAGUUCAAAAUUUACUCCUCUUACUUCACCUAAAUAAACUUAAAUUGCUAAUUCAAUAAAAGUACCUACUCGAUCUUAAUCACAAGAGGAUAGAAUUGUUAAGACAGAUGGAUUAUAAAAAGAUUAAAAGUAUGAUUUAAAUUGUAAGAAAUUAUAUUAAAAUUAGAACGAUUAUAAAGAAUGAAUGAGAAAUAUAACAUGAUAUUAGAACAAUCAAAUAAAAUUAGAAACCAAUUUAAAUAAAACUGA